CAGAGCCGGGAGUCAAAGUGAGCCGAACGUGAUAGGCUCGUGUAAUUCAGGCGGGCGAUGAGCUAGGAGCGAGAGCCACGCCACGCCACGCCAGCGAGGGAUGCUUUUAUGCGAGCGGCGGUUGCCGAAGGAAGUCGGAGCACAGCGGAGGUAAUGGACUCGCGGGGCUCCGCGCGCUGUAGCUGCCAUCCCGAGCGGGACAUGUCUGCUGCCACGACGAGCACCUGAGAGCGAGCUGACGCGCUACAUAGCGACACAAUCCCACGAAAAGUCCCCUUCUUCCCCCAGCGCACUGACACCCCAACAUGCUUGUGGGAAAGGCGCUUCUGUUCUUCCUCCUCCUGGAUUUCAUCACCCUCAGCCUGUCCCUCUCCACCUGCACCGCGGUGGACAUCGACCACAUCAAGAAGAAGAGGGUCGAAGCCAUCCGGGGCCAAAUUCUCAGCAAGCUGCGCCUGACCAGCCCUCCGGAUGCCGGAGAUCCCUCACUGGUCACCUACCAGGUCCUGGCCCUCUACAACAGCACGAAGGAGCUUCUGGAGGAGCUGGGCAGAGAGCGGCAACAGAGCUGCACCCAGGACAACACGGAGAGCGAGUACUACGCCAAGGAGAUCUACAAGUUCAACAUGGCCCCAAUGGUGCCGGAGAACAAUGACCUCCCCAACUGCCCAAAAGGGACUACCUCAAAAAUGUUCCGUUUUAAUGUAUCCUCCAUGGAGAAGAACUCCACCAACCUCUUCCGCGCCGAGUUUCGGGUACUGAGAGUCCCUAACAAUAAUGCCAGGAAAAACGAGCAGCGCAUCGAACUUUACCAGAUCCUGAAGACUGAUAAUCACAUACCAAAGCAUCGAUACAUCAGUGGAAAGAACGUCUUGACGAAGGGUCAGAAGGAGUGGAUAUCCUUCGAUGUCACUGAGACCGUUAAGGAGUGGCUCACCUACAGAGAGACCAACCUUGGGCUGGAAAUCCGUGUGCAUUGCCCCUGCCACAUGUUCCACCCGAAGGGGGACAUCAGUGACAACAUCAAUGAAGUUUUGGAGGUCAAGUUCAAAGGUGUAGACGGAGAAUAUGAAGAGCACAGCCGAGGAGAUCUGGGGCGCCUACAGAAGCGGAAGGACUUCUACCCUCAUCUCAUCCUCAUGAUGCUCCCACCUCAUCGGCUCACCAGCCAGGCCAACGGCCAUCGCAGGAAGCGGGCGUUGGACACCAAUUACUGCUUUUCGAAUUAUGAAGAGAACUGCUGUGUUCGUCCUCUCUACAUUGACUUUCGUCAGGACUUGGACUGGAAAUGGAUUCAUGAGCCCAAAGGAUACUAUGCUAAUUUCUGCUCGGGCCCGUGUCCGUAUCUGAGGAGUGCCGACACGACACACAGCAGGGUACUGGGCCUUUACAACACUCUGAAUCCGGAAGCUUCUGCCUCGCCAUGUUGUGUUCCUCAGGACCUCGAGCCGCUGACUAUUCUUUAUUAUGUCGGAAGGACUCCCAAGGUGGAGCAGCUCUCCAACAUGAUUGUAAAGUCCUGCAAGUGCAGCUGAGAGCAGUCUGGGGUAAAAACAGAAAUUAACAAACGAAGAAUGGUGCCGUUAGCUCAGUGUGACCAGCUCUGCCAGUCGUUCCCGUUCCUGACACUUCUUCUGUCUUAAGCUUCCUACUUGAGUUAGCUCAGUAGAGACUGCAGCAGAAGGAACGAAAUGGCUGCUGAAUGACACCCCCAAGUUUUUAGUGGACUGCGAGGGCUCACCAAGUGGGCCCAUGGACAUUCAACACAACAAAAUGAACUUCUAAUGCUAGGUAGUAACGUUUAAUCAGAGUCUGAGUUAACUUCAACAAGACCCACAAACAAAAUUCACCAAAAAGGUAAAUGCUGGCCUACUUCAGAUUACUUAAACAGACCCCAUUACGUGGACGGCUGCAUUGUGACAACUGAACAACGGCGCUUUGUGACGGCGUUCACCUGGAAAGGGUGCUGCAAAAACAGAAUGACUUAACGACGCAGAGAUAACGUCUG